GCGUUCUUCAACAACGCAGUCGUUAAACAAGUUGAUGUCCCGACACUUGCUGGCAUGGCGUUCUUCAACAACGCAGUCGUUAAACAAGUUGAUGUCCCGACACUUGCUGGCAUGGUCGGUGUUCUUGCAAACCACGUCCCCACAAUUGGAGUAUUGAAGCCAGGAGUUGUUUCUGUAACCGAUAACGAUGGUAAAGUAACGAAACUCUUCGUCUCAUCGGGCACCAUGUCUAUGAAUAUCGAUGGAACCUGCCAGGUGCUAGCUGAAGAAGUUGUCAAAGUUGAAGAUAUUGACCAAGCAGUAAGUCUAGCCUUUCCUGUGUUGAUUUCGUAG